AUGAGUUUCAUCAGCGGUCUCCUGACUUUAAGCUUUAUCUUGCAUAUUAAUGAAGCUAAACAGACUCAGCUCAUGGAAUCCCUCCAAUGUGUCAACGACUACAAAUCAUUCGUAUCCUGCACCUGGUCUGAGAGCCAAGAUGUACAAAAGUUUAUCAAGAUGAACCUUUUCUAUAAGUCUAAAAGAAAUGAUUGGAAGUGGAACUGCUACAGAAACCAGUCCUUUUUUAGUGCUUUGGAGGAAGACAACUACACUUUCAGACCAGAUCGGAAACUGGAAGUCCAACUGAAUGUCAGCCUCUUUGAUAAUGUUCAGCUUCCUCCACCAAGGGAACUAGACAUCAGCCUCACAGAAGAAGGGCUGGACGAAGCUCUGGACUAUGAAGUCAUCUACAAAAGGGAAUGGGAACCCUGGGAGAGAUCUACCUCUGUGUUUGUCUCAAAUGUUUCACGCUGGCUUUUCCACCAUGAUGAUCUGGUGCCUGGGAGCACUUAUGUUGCUCGUGUGCGCAGCAAACCGCACCAAGACAAUCAUCUUUCGGGUGGUUACAGUGAAUGGAGCUCUGCUGUGAACUGGACAGCACCAGAAGGUGAUGAAGCUCAGCCCAAGAACCUUCGCUGUCUAUUUAACGGCCUAGAUCGGCUAAACUGCAGCUGGGAGGUGAGGCGAGAGCUCACCCGUUCUGUCUCGUUUGCGCUCUUCUACAAAAUCAGCCCAGAAUCUGUAGAGAUGCAGUGCUCUCCGGUUGAACAGAAGGAAUUACUGGACACCCCUCACGUCUUGCAAAGCUGCGAGAUCCGUGUCACCAACCCCAAGAGGCUAAGCCAGUACCUCAUAACUGUGCGGCCCAAGGAAGAGGAGAAAACGAUUGCACCAGUAUCCAACAUCAAGGUGGAACCUCCUUAUGAACUCUCUGUGGCAAAGCUGAACAACCAGCUGUACAAACUGCGAUGGGAAUACAUAAAACCCAUGUUUCCAAGGAUGUAUCAAGUCUUAUACUGGGAGGCUGACAAGGUGCCUGAGAAGAACCAUCUUCAGAACAUCAGUGAAGAUGAUUCGCAGUUUACUUUUCAGUCACUGGAACCAGGAACCCAUUACAAGGCAAAGAUGCGGGCAAAAGCACAUGCUGGUGCCUAUGAUGGCCCAUGGAGUGAGUGGAGCAAAGAAUGUGAAUGGUUUACUGAAAGUGAAUUGCCUGUCUGGAGUUUUGCCCUUGCUGUGCCAGCCUUUAUCAUUUUGGCGACGGUGGGACUCUGGUGCAGCAAAAGAUAUCUACUCAGCUCAGAGUUGUACCAGAAGAAAACAGACACUGUGCUCCUACCUGAGGCCCAAGCACCAGCUAUUCCUUCAAACACAUCCCAGAAUGUGUUUGGUGAAUAUGUUAUGACUCUUCCUGGUACCUUAGAAUCUAUGCCAAAGGAAAGAUGUGCUUUAUCCACAAAAGACCCUGGGCAGAACAAGGGCAUUCUUGUGUUCAACCCUGAUGGCAAAAGCCCUAUUUUUUUAAGCCAGGUGGGUGACUAUUGCUUCUUCCCUAACACCAAGCCUGUCACAAAAACCCGAGAAGGAUACAUGGGACCCCAGCUUGCAGAAGACAGUCACUCACUCACAAAGCAACCCCGUGAAAACAAAAUUGUUGAGAAUGAGCCACAGACUGUAACUCACAUCUGCCAAGUAUGAUCAAAGUGGACAGCCGUGUUGGCCUGAAGCCAUAGAACAAAGUUAGAGUCCAG